AUUUUCCUUGCGCAGAGUCGGCUGCUGUGCAUCGUCGUCCUGACAAACCACGUGCUUGGGAUUGGGACCCUGAGAAGGAAAGGAAUCUGAAGCGUUGUCAUCUGUGUGGCUAUACCACGAUUUUCAUCCAGCACAUGCAGUAUCACCAAAGAAUCCAUACAGGCGAGCGCCCGUACAAGUGCCAAUACUGCAUCAAGGCCUUCAAGCAAGAGGCCCACCUCAAGAAGCACCUCCGCAUCCACACCGGCGAGAGACCUUACCAGUGCCAUCUCUGUCCCAUGAAUUUUCUAAAAAAGAAUUUACUUGUGAAGCACUUGGCAACACACAAUUUGAACAAGCUGGUUGCUGUGCCUCGCCUCCCAGGCCAAACACAUCCUCAGGGCCCUCACAAGGAAAUGUAUCCGAAGCGGCCUCUUGUGGGUGGCUACACCAGAGCUUACAACCGGCUAAUGGAGUAUCACCCGAGUAUACACACAGACGGGCGCCCGCACAAGUGCCACCACUGCAACAAGGCCUUCAGGCACUUGAGCCACCUGACCAGGCACAUCCGCAUCCACACCGGCGAGAGACCUUUCCAGUGCAACCUUUGUCCCAUGAAGUUUAAUCAAAAGAACAGCCUUAUGCGCCACUUGACAACCCACGGUGGCAAGAGCACUUAAUUGUGCGUGAUGGUGUUUGCUCUUGUACAGAACAUAAUGGCAAUAUCUGAGAAGUCAAGUAAUGCUUGGAGAGCUGAACUAGUUGGUACGUAUUUAUGCUAAAAGACUGGGCGUGCGAACACUGACACGAGAGAGAAGUCAAGACACGACAAGAAAGUUGUUAGUCGGCGUUUGUAGUGUCUUGACUUCUCUCUUGUGUCCGUGUUUGCGCGCCCAGUCUUUUAGCAUGUCAAGCAAUGUGUGUAUCUCAUUUCUUAACAUGAGUUGGCAGGCUAGAGAGGCUAAUGUAGGGAGUAGGUGGCAACACGUGCUGUAAUGAAAUGUGUCGUUCGUCCACGAAACAAGCAACUGUAGUGACCAGAGUUGCCAGAUGCUGCUGAUCUAACAGGCAAAUAAUCAUUCCAAAGGAAGUUCGAAAAAAGGGGCAUGACCUUUGCUAUGAAGCCCAAAAAAAGCAGUUUUAGGAAAUUUUCUCAUUCUUGGAGAUACUUUCAAUUUUAGUGAAAAAGUCACUCGUCGAAUUGAAUGUAACAAAAUCAAAAAUUUUUUUAAGAGCGAAAAUAUGCACAACUAUGAAGAGAAGCACAUAUUUACUUUUUAACAUACUCUCCAGGGUAGUAACCACUUAGUUCUUGUACAUUUGCCAGUUCCCAGUGUGUAAAUAAUGUUACUCCUUCUCUCCCCCAACGUAUUUUUUAUUUAAACACUCAAUAACACUAUGUCAUCAACAAAUGCAGUGUUAGUGAAUGAUAUGCACUCUACUAGUGAACGAGACGAGAACUAAAGUAACAAAUAUGCCCAAGAAACGCAACCAACGACUGAAGAAUUCUACAAGCAAUUUGGUCAAAAAAGAAGUCCCAAUCCGCUUAUAAUAAGCUGAAGUGGCAAAGCUGGUAGUGAUGCACAUGCUACCAGGAAAAGUACAAACAGGAUUCAAUGCUUCUUAGAUUUUGUUAUGACUGUUAAAACUUAUGACUAUAUGUAUGCAUAUGGCUACAAGUACUGUUUCUCUGAUUGUGUUUUUCAUCGAGCGGCCGUGCUCUGAUGCAUAGGAUUGCAUCACUGUAGCCCCUUCUGUUUUGCUUUAAAACCCAAUUCACUUCAUUCUUCAUGUAUACCUUGUUCCUGAGAAUUACUAGUUUUACAACUUCAUUCGAGAGCCCAUGCCCACUUGUUUUACAGCAAAGCUGUCUUUGUCUACCCUGUGCCAUUACUGUCGUUGUAGUAGUAGUAGUAGUACUAGUAGUAGUAGUAGUAGUAGUAGUAGAAGUAGUAGUAGUAGUGGUGGUGGUGACACACGGGUCAUGUGACCAGAGGGGCGAGUGUAUAAAAAGUAAAACUAAAGGAUGAUGAUGCUGAAUGAUGAUCAUGAUGGUCAAGAUGACGAUGAUGCUCGAUCACAUACACUCGCUCGCUUACAGCUUUGCUGUCCUGUGAUUUUCAAUGCAUGGAACUAGCUGCAGUUUUUUCUGUGAUGUCUUACCUGAAUUAGUGAGCUUAGUUAUGGUUUGCUUCAAGUGUAGGCAGAUGUUUUGUGGUUCGCUGUCUUCUCUGUGUUAUUCAGUAGCUUGCAGAAUGUUUUAACAUAAAAAGUUCUGCAUUUUUCUCUGCCUCAGUUUGUGUCUUGGCAACAUUUCAACUAAGAUGCUGUCAAGAAGAGAUCUGUUCCUAUAUCUAAAGUAGUCGUAUUCCGCGAUAUGUAAGUGUAGCACACCUAUUGUUAUUGUCCAUGCCAAGCACAGUCCAGGUCUGUACUGUGAUUGAAGCAUAGCUUGAUUUCACUCCACUGAAUAUGUGUGGCCUUGUUUCACACCCUUAGUCAAACACUUGAGAUUUGAGGGAGAGGUAGCCUUGGAGAUAUGUUACAUAGCAGUUGUUUCUCUGUAUCGUUACCGUGAUCAUGUGUUGCAUUGACAUUAUUGUAUUCUCAGUGCUGCAUAUAUGUUUCAGUAAAAAUGUAUUGGUGCCAUUCAUUGUUUCGUCACAUUAUUUCAUUGAAACAGAUCAUUACAAGAGGCCAGUACAGAAGUGAGUUCGCCACUGUUUAAUACUACACAGGGUGCUCAUUGGCUGUUUUUUUCACUCCCUUUAAUACGUGCACUGUAUGUAUGUAUAAAAUGUAUGUGUUGUAUCAAAAUGAAACCCGCCUCAAUCACACUUUUCUGUGACUGACAGAUCGCUUUGAGAAUCGAAUGUGGGCACGUAGAUGUCGUCUAGGUUAAAGUGAAUUCUUGGGGACAAAUUUGUAACAUCGUUUACGCCACAGAUUCUAAUGUUUGGGCUCGCUAUGUCAAAAUUCUCAUACUCUAUCUGCGUAAGGCAUCACCAGCCACUAACAGUGUCGUCUCCCAUAGAGGAACGCUAUGCACUCCCGCUGUUUCUUUACGACAUAUGGCAGGCAAAAAAAAGUAUUUAUUGGCUGCUGCUUCCUUUUUUGCUAGUGUCACCGUAGUCAAAGCACCAUACAAAUGUGGAGAUAACCAUUACCUGAAUUGAAAAUGUGCACACAUUUUCUGGUACUUUCGGUAAACCACCAGCG